AUGGCAGUGAUUAUGGAUAAAUACCAAGAGCAGCCUCACCUGUUGGACCCACACCUUGAGUGGAUGAUGAACUUGCUGUUGGACAUAGUACAAGAUAAGACUUCUCCAACUUCCCUCAAAAACCUGGCGUUUAAGUUUCUUUACAUCAUCACCAAGGUUCGAGGAUAUAAAAUAUUUCUUCGUUUAUUUCCUCAUGAAGUAGCUGAUGUACAGUCUGUGUUAGAUAUGUUCACAGAUCAGAACCCUAAAGAUCAUGAGUGCCGAGAUGAGAAAGUGUUAAAAGAGACAGCUGCUGCCGAGAUGAGUGUUUGUGGGAGUUUCUGGGCCUUAGAGUGUUACCAGUUUAUCACCCGUCCUGAUGUCAGAGAGAGGAAGAUGGCUAGCUUCCUGGAUUGGAGCCUGUGCACCUUGGCCCGCUCCUUCCAGACUGCAGAGGGCAUCAUUGCCACCGAUGGGACGCUGCAAGCUCUGGCUCAAAUAUUUAAGCAUGGAAAACGUGAAGACUGUCUACCUUAUGCCAGCACUGUGCUCCAGUGCCUUGACAGAUGCAGACUCCCCGAGUGCGGCCAGACCCGGCUGCGGAAGCUGGGCGUGAAGCUUGUGCAGCGUCUUGGGCUCACCUUUCUGAAGCCGAAGGUGGCAACGUGGAGGUAUCAGCGUGGCAGCCGGUCUUUGGCUGCCAAUCUGAAGCUCUGUACCCAGGAUCAAAGUGAGCAGAAGCCACCGACUGACAGCGUGGCUUCUGAUGCUGAGGAGGACUAUGACAUCCCAGAAGGGGUGGAGAGUGUGAUAGGUGAACAGCCGGAGUUGGAGCUUAGCAAGCAUCUGGUGCUCCUGUGCUGGUGGCUCUUAACCAUUAGUAAUGGACUCAGUGCCCACAUUACUGUGGGAAUUGGCAGGAUGGCUGGAAGGCUUCCCAAAGAGCUGGCAGACGACGUGGUGGGGUCUGUGCUGGACUGUUUCAGUUUUCAGGAGAUGGACAAGGCAUGGCAUGGUGGAUGUCUGGCACUUGCUGAACUUGGUAGACGAGGCCUGUUACUCCCAUUGCGACUCUCAGAGGUGGUCACCGUGAUCCUGAAGGCACUGACCUACGACAAGAAAUGCGGUACCUGCAGCGUGGGUGCCAAUGUCAGGGAUGCCGCCUGCUAUGUGUGCUGGGCCUUUGCACGAGCCUAUGAUCCGCAGGAGCUGCGACCCUUUGUCACUUCCAUUUCCAGACCCUCCUCUAUGCCCCCUGGCAGCCUGCCUCUGCUGCAUGGCCAAGUUGCACUCUGCUCUAGCCGUAGCUCGGAUGGGGAUCUUGUUGUCAGCCUCUGCUCUGUGCCUGGCAUCCUGUUCAGAGCUGACUGGGGCUGCGAGGCUGCCUUCCAGGAGAAUGUGGGGAGACAGGGCACUUUCCCUCAUGGAAUUGAUAUUUUGACUACAGCUGACUAUUUUGCCGUGGGCAGCAUAUCUAACUGUUUCCUAGUUAUAAGUGUGUAUAUUGCUGGCUUUCCAGAAUACACCCAGUCACUGAUAGAUCAUCUCGUCAGCAUGAAAGUCAACCACUGGGAUAGAGCCAUUCGAGAGCUUUCAGCCAAGGCGCUGCACAACCUGGUCCCGCGAGCGCCCGAGUACAGUGCUGCUCAUGUGUUUCCAGCCCUGCUGUUGAUGACAUCGACUUCAGAUCUGCACACACGGCAUGGGGCCAUUCUGGCCUGUGCAGAGGUUGUCUAUGCCCUGUAUAAGCUGGCAGCUCAGAGAGACAGGCCUGUCACCGACUACCUCGGCGAGCAGGUGGUGCAAGGCCUCAAGCAGAUCCACCAGCAGCUUUAUGAUCGUCAUCUCUACAGGGGCCUGGGAGGAGAGCUCAUGAGACAAGCAGUGUGCGUUUUAAUACAGAACUUGUCACUUUCCAGAAUGCCCUUUAAAGGUGACCCUGUCAUAGAUGGCUGGCAGUGGCUGAUAGAUGACACUCUGAGAAGUCUCUACCUUAUUUCAACCCAGUCUAGACAGCAGAUCAAGGACGCCGCUGUUUCGGCCCUAGCUGCUCUUUCCAGAGAAUACUACAGGAAGGAUCCUAGGGAGGCGGGUCCUGCUGUUGCUGGGGAACUAAUCUCACAGUACCUCGCCCAGCUUCGGAGCCCGGAAGAAAUGACUCGCUGCGCCUUCUCAUCAGCCCUGGGUGGCCUCCCCCGCUUCCUUCUAAGCGGCCGUCUGCAGCAGGUGCUUGCUGGUUUGAGAGCCGUCACCUGCAUUUCGCCUCAGGACGUGAGCUUUGCCGAGGCCCGGAGGGACGGCCUGAGGGCCAUCUUGAGCAUUUGCCAGACUGUUGGUGUAAAAGCAGAGGGGCCUCCAGAUGAAGUUGUGUGCAGAGAGAAUGUUUCUGAGAUUUACAGUGCACUACUGGACUGCAUGCGUGAUUAUACCACAGACAACAGAGGAGAUGUGGGAUCCUGUGUCCGUGAGGCGGCCAUGACCGGCAUAUUGGACCUGGUGCUCCUGUUGGUGCAGGUGCAGCCCUCCCUGCUUGAGGCCCCUGUGUGUGAGAGCUUUCUGUGCUCACUCGCCCGGCAGGCCAGCGAGAAGAUUGACCGGGUUCGCGCUCAUGCUGCCCAUGUGUUUGUGACGCUCCUGCAUUUUGACAGCCCCCCCGUCCCCCAUGUGCCCCACCGCGGAGAGCUGGAGGUGCUGUUUCCCAGAUCCGCCAUGGCCUCUGUGAACUGGAGUGCCCCUUCGCAGGCCUUCCCUCUCGUCGCCCGGCUCCUGGGGCUGCCCGCCUACCGCUACCACGUGCUGCUGGGGCUGGCCGUGUCUGUGGGCGGCUUGACAGAAUCAACGGUCAGACAUUCCACUCAGAGCCUCUUUGAGUACAUGAAAGGGAUUCAGAGAGACCCACAAGCCCUGGGGGCCUUUGCUGAGAGCAUCCUGCGUGUCUUUGAGGACAACCUCCUGAAUGACCGGGUAUCUGUAUCACUACUGAAGAUGUUGGACCAAAUGCUGGCCAAUGGGUGCUUUGACAUUUUCACCACUGAGGAAAACCACCCCUUCUGUGUACAGCUGCUUGCGCUUUGUAAGGAGGAGAUCAAGAAGUCCAAAGACAUCCAGAAACUACUCUCGAGCAUUGCAGUGCUCUGUGGGUUGGUGCAGUUCCACGGCGACGUGAGGAACAAGGUCCUUCUGCAGCUCUUGCUCCUCCUCUGCCACCCGUUCCCCGUGGUCCGGAAGUCGGCAGCAAGCCAGAUCUAUGAGAUGGUGCUCACCUACAGCAACGUGGUGGCAGAUGACGUUGUGGACGAGGUCAUGCUUGUGCUCAGUGACACGGCCUGGGAUGCCAAGCUGGCCGUGGUGAGGGAGCGGCGGAAUCACCUGUGUGACCUCCUCGCUGUGCCCAGACCCCAGCUGGUACCCAAGCAUGCUGCUGCUGAGGCUGGUCCUGGGAACUGAGCCCUCAACCUGCUGGCUGUGUUGGCCGCCUUGCACCCUGGAACAUGGAGAAAGCCAGUGCCGAACAGCGCCACUGCUGGGCUCUAGUGACCAUGAGGCCUGAGCUGCUUCUGCUGUUCCCACAGAUGCGUUUCCCAUAAAAUCAUGUGCCCACGCG